UUUCAUUCUUAAUCGCACUCAUCUUCCAGUUCUAAGGGGCCUGAUACUGGUUCUCUCCACUGACCGGGGCACCUGCUAACCCACUCCCGCAAUAGAUAAGCCAGGUCAUCAUCUGUCCCAAUUACUUAACCACCUUGCCAGGCCACCGAGCGUGAUGGAAUUCGCCAUAGAUAUAGCAUCAGAAAGCCGCGUGAAUGCAACUGAUACCCCUAUCCACCUUCUAUAUUUGUACAACUUAGGCCCCGUGGCUCUGAAGCAUUAGCGCUCACACGUGUGUUGCGUGCCCAAAGCUCUCUCUCCUCCAUCAGUUUGUUCGUUAUCGACCAUGUCGUUGCGACGAAAGGCUGAAGCCCUCAGGCAAACAAUCGAUGAUCUUCUCGUAGCGGGAGGUGACAUCGCGGUUCCAAUCCUCACAGUCGUCAAUGCUACAGCCAAUUGAUGUCUCCCCCUGAAGAUGGCGACUGGCGGUGCACUCUUUAUCCUCGAUGAGGUCAAGAAGUUCAAGGAGAACGAGAAGGAAUGGGCUGAUUUUGGUCAAUACAUAGUAGAUAUGGUGGCCGAGGUGAUUUCAGCCAUAGAAUCAUAUGACACGUCAGCAGAGGAGGCAAAGCCGUGGGUAGAAAGCGCUAAAAAGCUUGACGACGCGCUACAGAAGAUUAAGUCGAAAAUCGAACAAAGACUCAAAAAAAUAGAGAAACGACCGACUUUCGUAAAUGCAUUGUCCUACUUGAAAGACCCAGGAAGGAUCAGUGGCCUAAAGAAAGAUUUUGACAAAACUUUGGUAUCGUUUCAGGUCAGGACGAACUUGAUAACUGGUGCCAAGUUAGCGGCCAUAGAACGUCGCCUACAUGAUGACAGAAUUCUCGAUAGUCUCCGAGAUCCUUCUAUUGUCCACGAAAAUCCAACCCAAGCAUGCCUAGAAGGCACUAGGGUUGAUCUGAUUGAGCAUAUCAUGACGUGGUGUCGCAACACUGGGGAUAGCGAGAACCGGCUAAUGCUGUUGACUGCUGUGGCCGGUGCCGGCAAGACUUCGAUUGCACUCACGAUAGCAGAACGAUGUGCCAGUGAAGGGGACAUUACCCUGUUAUUGCACUUCUUCUUUAAAGCGGGUGAACGGUCACGGCCUGAUUUUCUAUUCAGCGGCAUAGCUCGAGCCUUGGCAGACCAUGACCCCGUUUACCGCACUUUCAUUACCUCUGCUCUGCGAAAUGACCCUAGUCUCCCAACAGCUUCAUUCGCGACGCAAUUCGAGAAAUUGGUCACUCCGCCUCUGCUCCAUAAACCUCCGCCUUCCAACCGACCUAUGAUCAUCAUCAUCGAGGCUUUGGAUGAAUGUGACAAAGGAAUGUUCGAGUCUCUUGCCGGAAUUCUUGGGGAUGAAGUGCCCAGGCUACCAUCUUCCGUCAAAUUCUUCAUCACAUCACCCUAUUGAUCGUCUCACUAUUGAUCUCUUGGAUGAGGCAAAUGUGCGGGACUGUGUUAGAUUCAUACGCUUCCAGCUCCAAAAGCUAAGGAAGUUACAUUGGGAUUUACAGCAUAGUCUUCAGGAUGAGGACAAAAUGGUACAGGAGAUCUCGAAACGAGCAAACGGCUUGUU